CUACCUUGGACUGUUACUACGAGUAAAGCAGAAGUGAGAAAUCAAGUUACAGAAUUAUUCUAAGGACCCUGGACUGCCACCACUUCCAGUUGUCAGAAGAAGAGUUUGUAACUUUAAUGGAUUCAUUCCCAUGGAAAUCCUGAGUGUUAAAAUAUUCAAUGAGACUAACUGAUGUUAGUUCUUGUCACCAUGGAGAUGUUACUUCGUGUCAAGUGUUUUCAGCGCCUAGCAAUUCCUGGAUCUGUGAGGUGUUUGCAUAAAGAUUAUAGAAAAGUAACUCCUCAAAAUUUCUCUGACUAUGAGUCCAUGAAACAGGACUUCAAAUUAGAGAUUCCAGAAUAUUUCAACUUUGCUAAAGAUGUCCUGGACCAGUGGACCAAUAUAGAAAAGGAAAAAGGAUUGCAGACUUUGAGACCUCUUGAGAGGCAAAACCAGAAUAACAGAAGACAGAUGUCUUCUAUUCUGAAAAAUACAGAAAGAACAAUUUUAAUCCCAGGAACCCCUCAACUGACCCAGAAAGACAUCCUCUACAGACUGCAAUCUUCAAAAGCAAAGUGCAUUAUUACCAAUGAUGCUUUAGCCCCACUAGUAGAUGCUGUUGCCCCUAAGUGUGAACAUCUCCACUGCAAGCUAAUGGUGUCCAAGCACUCCAGAGAUGGGUGGGGGAACAUCAAGGAGAUGAUGAAACAUGUCAGUGAUAAUCACACCUGUGUAAGAACAAAACACAAUGAGAUGAUGGCCAUUUUCUUUACCAGCGGAACAACUGGACUUCCUAAAAUGAUUGGACAUACCCACAGCAGUUUUGGUUUAGGAUUAUCUGUAAAUGGAAGGUUCUGGCUGGAUUUGACACCCUCAGAUGUGAUGUGGAAUACCUCAGAUACAGGCUGGGCAAAAUCUGCAUGGAGUAGUGUUUUUUCUCCAUGGAUCCAAGGAGCAUGUGUAUUUGCACACCAUUUGCCCCGUUUUGAGUCAACUUCUAUCUUACAAACACUUUCUGAGUUUCCCAUCACAGUCUUCUGUUCAGCACCAACUGCGUACCGAAUGCUUGUACAGAAUGAUAUGACAAGCUACAAAUUCAAAAGCUUAAAGCAUUGUGUGAGUGCAGGGGAGCCAAUCAAUCCUGAAGUGACUGAACAAUGGAAAAACCUGACUGGCCUGGACAUCUAUAACGGAUAUGGACAAACAGAAACGGUGCUAAUCUGUGGAAAUUUUAAGGGAAUGAAAAUUAAGCCCGGCUCAAUGGGAAAGGCUUCUCCUGCUUUUGAUGUUAAGACAGUCAUAUCCAUGAUAAUGCUACCUGUUUUACAGGAUAAUCCUUCAAAGACAGCUUCAACUAUACGAGGCAAUUUCUAUAUAACUGGAGACAGAGGGUAUAUGGAUGAAGAUGGAUAUUUCUGGUUUGUUGCAAGAUCAGAUGAUAUCAUAUUAUCCUCAGGUUACCGAAUUGGACCAUAUGAAGUAGAAAGUGUCUUGAUGGAGCAUCCUUCCGUUGCAGAGUCAGCUGUUGUCAGUAGCCCAGACCCUGUCAGAGGAGAGGUAGUAAAGGCUUUUAUUGUUCUGAAUCCUGAUUACAAGUCACAAGACCAAGAACAGUUAAAAGUAGAGAUCCAGGAGCAUGUAAAAAAGACCACAGCACCUUACAAAUAUCCCAGAAAGAUAGAAUUUAUUGAAGAGCUGCCAAAGACUAUCAGUGGGAAGAUAAAAAGAAGUGAACUGAGGAACAAAGAAUGGAAUACAACGUGAAUUCAUCAUAAUCAAAGAUUCUAUAACAUCUGUAGAAACCACAAGAUUAUAAAGAGGUCACAGAAAUGUUGUCUGUAUACUUCUAAACUGUGUAUUCUAAAAUUAUUUUGACACCAGAGGCUGCAUUUGUAAAUCAGCACCCACUAAAUCCUUUUGCAUUAGUGUCAAUGUUCCUGUAGUUUGGUGACAAAAAAAAAUCACAGAGGAAGGGUGUGUGUGUGUGUGUGUGUAUGUGUGUGUGUGGUGUAUUAGGGCUUAAAUUAAAAGCUUUAUGCUUACUGGACAGGCACUCUCUCACUUGAGCCAUACUCUAUCCCUUUUUGCUCUGACAAUUUAAGGCAGGGUCUCCAUUUUUGCCUGGACUGAUCUGGACCACAAUAUUCCUAUUUGUCCUUCCCACUCUCAUUGGGAUGGCUGGCACAUCCACUAUAUCGAGCUUUUCUGUUGGGAUGGGGUGUAAACAGUUGUGUUUGGGCUGACUUGGAACCAUCCUCCUGAUUGCAGAACCUCAUCAGGCACGCCCCCCCGCCCCUCCACACACACAUAUACACCUGUGCCAAGCUAUUGGUUAAGAUUGAGAUCUUGAACUUUUUGUCCAGGCUGGCCUCAAUCUACAAGCUUCCCUAUCUCCACCUUCCAAUGAGCCAUCAGCAGCCAGCCUAGAAUUGUAAUAUCUAGAACACAGAAACCGUUUCCAAAUCAAAUCUCUGAUCCAUUUGUUUUUUUAGACCUUAAUUGUUCAAGUAUAUUGAUAAACAGAUGAAUCUUUAAGCCUUGAAAUAA